AUGGAUCGUGGGCGAUAUGCUCCACAGCAUGGAUGGGAGAACAACAGUGCACCUGAUGGGUAUGGCGCCAUUAAUGAGCCAGACUUUAGGGCUGGUGAAUCCUACAUUGGUAGGAGAUAUGUGGAUGAAGGCUUUCCUAGUGAUCGAAGGGGUGGAUUUGGUCCAGAUAUACAUGAUAGAAAUAUGUAUCCACCACCACCCUCUGCUGGCACCAUGUGGUCUCAGCCUCGAAGAAAUUUCGAUGAAGAAUUUGCAACUACAAAAGAGUACAGAAGGAACAAAAGGAUUGGAAGUAGAGAUCGUGGGGAGUUUGGUGCUGAGUUUGCAGACCGUUACCAAGGCGGAGAAGAUAACUAUGAGAGAGAUCAUCAAUACGGACGCUACAGCUGUGAUUCGGACUAUGAGAGGAGCAGGAUAGAUAGUAGUCGGAGAAGACUUGACUCGUUUGAGCAUGAACGUGAAAGAAAAGGGUUAAGUCAUGAAAGAGACGAAAGCCCAUAUGUCCGCCAUAGCCGUUCUCGGUCACGUGGGCGUGAUAACCGAUCAAGAUCUCGGUCAAGGUCAUGGUCUCCACGUGGCAAAAGUCGUAAUUGGGGCCAAAGGGAUGGCUUCUAUGAUGAUACUCGCUUUGAGAGAAGAGGAGAACAGGACUGGGAUGAAAGAAGGCAUGAUGAUUUGGUGGCGCCAUCUGCGACUGUUGUUCUUAAGGGUCUGUCCCAGAAGACCAAUGAAGAUGACCUAUAUCAGAUUCUUGCUGAGUAUGGCCCUCUUCGUAGUGUGCGUGUGAUCAAGGAACGACCCUCCGGCGUGUCUCGAGGAUUUGCUUUUAUUGACUUCCCUACUGUGGAAGCUGCCCGCAAAAUGAAGGAAGCUACUGGAGACAAUGGCCUUCUAAUUGAUGGUAGGCAGAUAUUUUCUGAGUACAGUAGUAAACCAACUGGUGGGACGAGUGGUGAUUCUUUUGGACAAGAACAUAUUACGAGGUCUACCUACGGGCGCAGGACCAUAUCCACAGCAUGUGAUUGGAUAUGUACUAUAUGUGGCUGUAUGAAUUUUGCCCGCAGAACCUCCUGUUUUCAGUGCAACGAGCCACGUACUGACGAUGCUCCACCAGCUGAUGCAGCAUCUUCCAUUCAACCGUUUGGCAAACGGGGAUCUGAAAUAGGUCCAACUCAUGUCUUAGUUGUUCGUGGUCUGGAUGAAAAUGCUGACGAGGAAAUGCUUCGAUAUGAAUUUGCUAAACAUGCUCCAAUAAAGGAUAUCCGGCUUGUUCGGGACAAAUUUACUCAUGUGUCUAGAGGUUUUGCAUUUGUCCAUUUUCAUUCGGUUGAAGAUGCCACGAAAGCUCUUGAAGCUACAAAUGGGAUUAGACAUGAGAAAAAUGGCCAGGUGUUACGUGUAGCCUAUGCUAAAAGCACGCUUGGACCUGCAUCGGUGGCUUCACAGUCAAACAGCCUUGCUGCAGCAGCCAUCGAGGCUGCAUCAUUUGCCCAGCAGUAUGAUGCUGUGGGUUGGGCCCCAAAAGAGUACAAUGCUGAGGACAAUGUAGAUGGUAAUUCAGAAUCUCAGAAAGAUGUUUCUGCUCCACAGUCCGGAUUUGUUUGGGAUGAGAAAUCGGGCUAUUACUUUGAUUCUUCUUCUGGAUUCUAUUAUGAUGGAAAUACUGGCCUUUACUACGACAGUAAUGUUGGAGUUUGGUAUUCGUAUGAUCAGAAAACUCAACAGUAUCUUCCAUGUAAUGAAAGCAACAACAAUAAGGCAACCGGGGACAUGGCCAAUGAAAGUCAAAGUAAUGGCGGUAAGAAAGUGGUGAUUUCUGCACCUGCAGCCACGGUUAAACAAAGUGAGGAAACUUCAUUGCCUGAAGCUGUUCAAGCUGCGGCCAAUGCAGCGUUGGCUGCUGAAAAGAAAGAAAAAGAGAAAGCAAAGGAGAUAAAGUUGGCCUCGAAAACUAAUCUUUUAGCCAAUAAGAAGAAGAUGAAUAAUGUCCUAGCAAUGUGGAAGCAAAGGAAUAAAGAAGGCCAGGCUACACAUGUUGCCCUUGAUGAUAAGGAACCAUCCAGAUCCGUUGUUGACAAAUUAAACAAUUCAUCCAGUGCGAUUGGAUUCUCAUUGAAGGCCAAACCUAAGUCUGAUAUUGGAAAUUCUAAGGACAUGAACUUGGUUGCUGGAUAUAAUUCUCUUGGCCGCGAAACUGGAGGCUCUCAAAUACUGGAUUCUGACAUAAAGCCUAGGCCUGUUAGUAAUAGCUUAGGAACUACUGUUAUGGGUGUGAUAAGAGGUUCUGGCAGGGGAGCAGUCAACACAUUUCAUGCAUCAUCUGAUGCUGGUGGCAGUAUUUCUUCUGAUAUAACCGCAAGCACAAGUGUGCUAAUGACAAACACCGAGACACACACUGCUUCCACACCCUUCAAAACAGAUUUAUCUUCUCUAGGAUCAUAUGCUUCACCUGCAGUUUCUGGGAGUGCUAAGCGACGGUUCUCCGAGGCACCAGGGCAAUCUCAGUACAGAGAUCGGGCUGCAGAAAGACGAAGUCUAUAUGGAUCAACUUCAUCGCUUCCCAAUGAUGGACUGGAUACAACUGGUGAAUAUUCGUCUCGAAAGGGUUCAAGUGAGAUGGGAUCAAUGCCAUUUCCUCCAGGGGUGGGUGAACGUUCUGUUGGUGAAAGUGACAACACUGAAAAUUAUGAGGUGAUCACUGCUGACAGAGCAAUAGACGAAAACAAUGUGGGCAAUCGAAUUCUGCGCAACAUGGGCUGGCAAGAAGGACUGGGCCUUGGAAAGGAUGGCAGUGGCAUCAAGGAGCCGGUGCAGGCCAAGCCUGGUGACGUGAGAGCCGGGCUUGGUAGUCAGCAGAAGAGAGCUGCUGACCCAUCACUGGAGGCCCGAGCUGGCGAUAGCUAUAAAACCAUAAUCCAGAAGAAGGCCAUUGCGAGAUUCAGGGAGAUGUCCUAA